CCUCGCUAUAAGCAUUGACGAGGAUAGUCAAGGGUUGUUUGGUCAUUUCGUAUUCCAUCUUGACAUCCCUUCACUAUGAUCAUCGUCGACACAGCCCCUCUGCGUAAAGGCAACCCUCCGGACGACGCUGAAGCGGCCGAGGCGGCAGCUCAGCCUCCCCCGCCAGCAUAUUCCGGCUAUCAGCCUGCACAAAACUAUCCAUCGACGACUCAGAUCUACGUGAUUCCGGCGCAAGCGUCGCGAGUGUCUACAACAAGACGAUUUUUCAAAGCUUUUCUUGUCGCCGCCCUCAUCUGGGCACUCACAGGGAUCUUUGUUCGCAGUUUUGUUGAAUUGGUAGCCUACAGCCAUCAUCGGCGUCCUUACCCAGGAGCAUAUCAGAAUGGUCCGAACUGGGAAGGCGGUCACUGGCCUCCCCCUCCACGACUUCCAAUGCAUCCCCACGAGCGCCCGGUAAAGUGCGUGCAUGGGCCUGAGUGGACGCCUAUUGGUGCUGCACCCGGUACCUAUCCGAGACAGUUCAUCGCGAACACGCAGCUCGAUUUGCCUUUCGACUCUGACACACUCUUCCUCCUCUCUCGUGGUUCACUUUCGCACGGGAUUGUGCGCAUCAUCGAGGACGAUCACGUUGGGGCAGGAGAUAAGGUUCAGGUUUCUAUCGAAGUGCGGUAUUACUCCCAAGAGGCACUAUCAAGGGCAAAUGUGUGCUCGUUAACUCGAGGGCAUAGAGAAAAUGGGAUCGGAAUCUUCACCUCUGACCACCGGGAGAACAGACGCGAACAACAACUUCAGUUCGAUGUGACAGUCCGCCUGCCUUCUGAUGCAGAAACUCUCUACAUCCCCGCUUUCGAGACUGAUCUCAAGCUGUUUGCGCAUUAUCUCGGUCCUCUUGCUUCAGCCUACACAUUUGGCUCUGUCUUGCUCAAGACAUCUAACUUUCCGAUCGACGUUCAGUCCAUCGACGCCUAUCGUGCAAAAAUUUCUACUGAGAACGCCGCUAUCAGAGGCUCUUUCAACGUCUCGACAUCAUUGGAAUUGGCGACGUCGAACGCGCCCAUCGAGGCCGACGUAUCGCUUUAUAACUCGCAGUCUAAUCAUGCUACAUCUCUGCGCCUGGCCACCAGAAACGGCCCGAUCAAAGCGGCUCUCCGCCUCUACACCGAUUCCCUCCGCAGUUCAUUCAAAGUGGAUGCGACAACUUCAAACAGUCCGCUCACUAUUACAAAUAACGUCUCUCCACCUGACUCAAUCCUCCGCCUCUCUGCUGAGACAUCAAACUCCCCUGCACACGUCCUUCUUGCCUCCGCAUACGAGGGCACAUUCUCAGUCGGGACCUCGCUGUUCAGUCCGGUUGUAGACCGAAACACGCGCAAAGAAGAUCCCUCUGGACGGGGGAGGGAGAGGAGCGUCAACGUUCGGAAUGUGCGAGGCGGCGUUGUUGAGGGUGCCGUUAGUUGGGAACCGUCAGAGUUGCCACGUGGUGGUGCUGGAGAAGUCUCGCUGAGAACGUCAAAUAGCCCGGUAACUUUGAUCCUUUAG